GUGAUAAUAGACAAACCGAACCGCCUGACAGAGUGAGCCCAGUCGAAAGACACUCUAUGAGGAUACAUUUGGGGAAAAGAUUUUGGGAUUUUUGAUAAAGAUGAUUCUUCUGGUGCUUCUUGCUACCUUCCUCAAGUUCUCCGGGACAACAGUAAAUGGGCUGCCUUGCGAUCAGAUGCUCCACUCUCAUCAGCCCCCUUUGAAUGUAAACAGUGUAAAGCCUGCAGACGUGGCGGGUUUCGCCUCUAUCGGACUGCACAUGCACAGCACUAAGUUGUCCAAUGUAGUAUCAAGACUACAAGAGCUGAUGAGCAUGUUCAACCCUGCACUGAUGGAUGCUUAUUUGGAAGAAACGGUCAUUAAUGCCCCUCAGUUUGCAACAGGAGGCACAUUGCUGGAGCAAGCAGAAGAGGCAUCUCGCUACCUCCAGAACAAUCCGCAUUCUUGGAAGCUGUUGCUUCUUUUUGUGCAAGUGGACCAGUUCUAUGCAUGUGACCAGCAGGAGGUUGAGGCCGUUAUCACAUCAGCCAUCAGCGAGGUGGACGCCGGCUUACAGCUGCUGCGUGAUCAGCUGAAGCGGACUCUUGUCAGUGUUGCAUUAUGGGAUGGAGAGAACGACACUUUCCAAAACAAGUUGUGUCCAUGUUUGGAGCAACAUCAAGACGGAGAGGUCAGACUUGUAAAAGCCACGCUGACUCAUGCCCUGCAGGCAUCUUUGGAUGAACUCCUGGUGAAGAGACACUGGUACAGCGGCAAAGACGACUUCAGUGUCAUCCUGCAGAAUAAACCGCUGGUCACACACCUCUCUCCUACUAAUAUUGGGAAGCCUCUCUCCGAGUCACAAGCGUCACAUGAGGCCGAUAAACUGAUGUUGCACUUGUGGACCAACCUGCUCCAGCCCGCUAGUGACAAACAUAACACAGACGACAAUGGAAACAUCAUUGCGAUGCAAUGUCCAACUGUGGACCGUCCCUUCCUGAGGACGGAGGGAAACUCUCCUACAAGUCACGGUGGCAACGCCUCUCCUGUCAUCCGUCCAAAUACAGGCACACCCUUGCACUGCGAGGACAUCGGCCCUUCCCAUUCCACACCCACCUCUGUGCAUGAACUCAGGCCAGGAGAUAUCAGAGUGGUCGCUGCUGUGGGAGACUCUCUGACAGCAGGGAACGGAGUUGCAUCCAGCCCAGCAAACGUUCUGGAUGUCUUGACCCAAUACAGAGGUUUAUCGUGGAGUGUUGGCGGAGAUGACAACCUCACAACUGUAACAACUCUGCCCAAUAUAUUAAAGCAUUUUAAUGCCAACGUGACGGGUUACUCCGUUGGGAAGGGGAAACAAUACACACCUCAAGCUUUUCUCAACCAGGCUGUUGCUGGAGCAAAAAGCAAGGACUUGCUAUCUCAGGUGCGAGCCCUCGUGGCGAGGAUGAAGAAUGACUCUAGCAUCAACUUUGGGUCCGACUGGAAAGUGAUCACUGUGUUUAUAGGUGGAAAUGACCUCUGUGACUACUGCUACAAUUCUCUCUUUUACUCCGUGAAGAGUUAUAUCCAAAAUAUCCAAGAAAGCCUGGAUUAUCUCCAUAAAGAGGUGCCUCGAGCUCUACUCAACUUAGUCGAACCCCUGCACAUUAUCCCCUUGAGAGAAAUGCAUGUGGACGCCUCACUCAAAUGCCCCACCUGGCUUGUCAAUAUUCUGUGCCCUUGUGUUACCUUACCAAAGUCCAAUUCUACAGCACUGGAAAAACUGGACCAACUAAAUAGAAAAUAUCAGCUGAUGCUGAGCGAGCUGGUCGAGUCCGGUCGUUACGACACUCGGCCGGACUUCACUGUGGUCACCCAGCCUUUUUUCAGAGAUAUCAUCGUUCCCAGACUGCCGGACGGCCGCCCCGAUCGCUCUUACUUCAGUGCCGACUGUUUCCACCUGAGCCAGAAGGCCCAGACUCAGAUGGCUCGCUCCUUGUGGAACAACAUGCUGGAAACACUGGGAAACAAAACAUCCUUGCAGGAUUUUUCCGGGGACAUUCAACUGAAAUGUCCAUCAAAGACUUCCCCAUUCAUCCGAACCUAUCGCAAUAGCAAUUACACAUACGCUGCUCCUCCACCAACACCAGCACCUAAUACAAACUGGGGAAGUGACUUCUCCUGUGUGGACCUUGCUCCAUCUCAGUCGGUGCCAACAUCGGUUCACAAGCUCAGACCAGCAGACAUCAAGGUGGUGGGAGCAGUGGGAGACUCCACGACGGCCGGCACUGGUGCUAAAGCGAAGAAUCUGUUACAGCUCAGUAGAGAAUAUAAAGGCGUGUCUUGGAGCAUCGGAGGAGACCGCACACUGGACACGGUCACAACGCUACCAAACAUCCUAAGAAAGUUCAACUCAGCCCUGAAGGGCUUCUCCAAAGGUCAGGGUUCAAGACAGAAGGGCUUCAACAUGGCUGCAGCAGGAGCCAAGACCUCGGACAUCCCAAACCAAAUCCAAGCUCUCAUAAAGGCCAUGCGAGAACACAAGGAGGUGAACUUUGACAAGGACUGGAAACUUCUGACAAUAUUUGUAGGAGGAAAUGACCUUUGCCAUUAUUGCAAUGACCAAAAUAAUCUGUCACCCAGUAAUUACAGUCGUAAUCUGAUGCUCGCUUUGGACAAACUCUACCACGAGGUGCCCCGGUUGCUGGUCAAUCUAGUGGAGAUCAUGCAGAUCGACACAUUAAAACAAGUCAAGAAAAACACCCUGGGAUGCUCCUUGCUUCAGAGAACUUCCUGUCCUUGUGUUAUUAACCCAACUGAAAACUCCCCAGAGAUAGAGGAGGUGAAACGAAUCAAUCUGGAAUACCAGGCCGAAAUUCAUAAUCUUAUUUCUGGAUCUCGUUACGAUGGGAAAGAAGAUUUUGCUGUUGUUCUUCAGCCAUUUUUACACAAUUCCUUCAUUCCUUUUAUAGGCGAAGGGGAAGCCGACACCACUUUGUUCUCUGUUGACUGUUUCCACAUUAGUGAGCGAGCUCAUGCCGAGAUGUCCAUCGCGCUGUGGAAUAACAUGUUGGAGCCUGUAGGCAGAAAACAGGCUUAUAACAACUUCACAUAUGACCGCUCCAAGAUUCACUGUCCCACCGAGUCCAGCCCCUUCCUCUUUACUAAAGUCAACAGUGCGAGUCGUCAACCUUGGACCACCACGGCCGCCUCCCACACCACCAGUACGACACAAACCGUGGUCAUACACCAAUGUGCGACCCCCCGGCCGCUGUGGGUUCCUGUGGUGGUGGGAGUUGUUAGUCUACUGGUGGGCAUCGCCUUUGCCUGGUUCAUGUGCUCUUUUGUGCUUCAAAAGAGAAGCAAAACACAGUGCCCAGUAGAAAUGAAAGCAACAGGAUUGUAAUACAAUUAUCAGCAUUAAGUUGUCUCAAUGCCCGCAUGCAUCACAACUGGACGAUUGGACUCUUAAGCCCACCUCGUCAGCCUCGCUCUCUGGUGCUGUAUUUGAAAGCGGUGACUCCAAACCAGUGCGCCGUGAGAGCUCAACACGUGCCAUAGGAACACUAGUCAAUUAUUUACUACUGUUCAUAUAUCGAUUCCAGAGAUGUAUCGUGGCAAGCAGAACACGGAAAUGCUCUUCUACUUGAGGGCAGAAGGUCCGCUUCACUUGUGUAUACACCUGUUGCCAUUAUCCAUACAACAGAAAAUGAGCUUUGUGUUCAAACAGGCCCAAAUGUUUAACACCAAAACAUCUUUACUUCUGCAUAUUUACUUUUUGUAUGUUGGUGUCCCGCAAGAUUUUUCUACUGUAAAAUAUGUGCCUUGGCUCAAUUAAGGUUGGGAAACACUGUUUUAAAAGACUUCAUCUUCAAAAUCUCUAUCAGGGCGCAAAUAAAAAUGUGUUGAUGGCAAAUAUGUAUCUGAAAUAUUUUGUAAGGAUAUCUGUCCUGAAUUUAUCAUUCAUUUGGAAUACAUAUAUUUCUUGUAUUAUGUAUAAAUAAAGUUAUUGUACUGCA